CUUUGACAACUUCUGAAGGGCAUUUCAACACUGAUUUGUUUUCAGUUGCAGUAAGGGCACCAUUGAUAUGGCUGAGAGUGGGUAUCCCUCUGUGUAUGUGGUGGACACCCAUGCCACCCGCCCUCCAGUGCCACCCAGACUAGGCAAGGUGCGACGGCGUGGUGGUAUGGCACAGACCCUCCUGUUCAUCCUGGUGAGCAUGGCGUUGUGCGGCAUCAUCAUAGAGGCCUGUUUCAUCUACCGACUCUACCCUAAAUCUGGCACUGGGUCAGCAACAUCCUCUAAGAGCAUUGCAGAACAAGAUGUUACCCCCACCAAAUCAAGCAAUCCUGUCAUGCUUCCUUCCAAACCAGUUGCACAUCUGACAGAUGGACAAGAUGCAGUAUCUACACAAGAAAUUGUGGCAUGGAGCACAGUUGCAGACCCCAUUCUCUAUGAAAUAGACUACGAAGACAGAAGUCUUGUCAUUCAGAAGGAGGGGUAUUACUAUGUCUACUCCAAGAUUUUCUUCUUAGACAGUGGCGCAUUUCACCAUUACGUUAAUCAGAAAACUGAAAAGUAUGCUGGGCGAAGUAUUAACCUCCUGCAGUCCAGGGUAUACACAGAAUCUCACAAGUUUUCCAUAAAAUCCAACAGUUACCUGGGGGGAGUGUUCUAUCUUGACAAGGGUGACGCCAUUUUUGUAGAAGUGAGCAACACCUCAAAAAUUAUGCGACACAAACCCACUGAGAAUUUCUUUGGUGCAUAUAUGAUAUGAACAUCAUAUUAAGACUUCAGCAGGAAUCUUGAAAAAAAAUUGGAGUAAGAGCAUCUUUUUUGAGGACUAAUGGUUCUCUUCGUAAUGAAAGUGCAGAUUCGCAACCAGAAAGUAGAAGUUCAGGAUUGACUCAGUUUCUGUGUUUGAGAGUGUAACACAAUUCAUUUUCACAUCAGGGACUUUUUAAUAUGCUACUUUAUGUACUUAUUUUACACUUAAUCUUCUGUAUGUUACAAAAUGACACAUCAUGGAUGGAUAUUUUGGAGAUAACUUUGACACAGUGCUUAGUUAGAUUUGUAUAUUUAGUUUAAUCAUACGCAUUAUAUUCAUGAUCAAAUUUAAAACACGAGCUGUCUUCUUACACAUUUCAUCUUUCUGUAACACAUAUU